GGGUAAAAUGGCCGCGGCGGCAGCCGCUGUUAGUUCGCCGGUGUGCGUCCUAGUGUUGGGCAUGGCUGGUUCCGGCAAGACGGCGCUGGUGCAGAGGCUCACUGCCUACCUGCACAGCAAGAAUUCCCCUCCGUACGUCAUCAAUUUGGACCCUGCAGUCCAUGAGCUCCCUUUCCCAGCAAAUAUUGAUAUUCGAGACACUGUGAAGUACAAAGAAGUCAUGAAACAAUAUGGAUUGGGCCCAAACGGUGGCAUCAUGACAUCCCUCAAUCUUUUUGCUACACGAUUCGAUCAGGUGAUGAAAUUUAUUGAAAAGCGGCAGAGCGCAUCUAAGUAUGUCCUGAUUGAUACACCUGGGCAGAUUGAGGUAUUCACCUGGUCAGCGUCGGGAACCAUCAUCACCGAAGCCCUGGCAUCGUCUUUCCCAUCCUUGGUGGUUUAUGUGAUGGAUACCUCUCGCAGCACCAAUCCUGUUACUUUCAUGUCCAACAUGCUAUAUGCUUGCAGCAUCCUGUAUAAAACCAAGCUCCCAUUUAUUGUUGCCAUGAACAAGACGGACAUCAUCGACCAUAGCUUUGCAGUGGAAUGGAUGCAGGACUUUGAAGUCUUCCAAGAUGCUCUCAACCAGGAAGCAAGCUACGCCAGUAAUUUGACCCGCUCCAUGAGCCUGGUGUUGGACGAGUUCUAUAGCUCGCUCAAGGUGGUUGGUGUUUCUGCCGUCCAGGGAACUGGGAUGGAAGAAUUUUUUGAACAAGUAUCCAGUGCAGUUGAUGAAUAUGAAAGGGACUACCGCCCGGAAUAUGAACGCCUAAGGAACAAAAUGGAAAGAGCUGAAAGCCAGCGGCAGCAUGAGCAGCUAGAACGUUUACAGCAAGACAUGGACCCCGUCCCUCUGGAGAACAGCCCAGCUGGCUCAGGCUCAACGGCCGAGUCUGAGUCGGGCCCUUCAGCGCUGAUCCUGACACGAGGAACUUUGGAGGAUGAGGCCCAGGAGAGCGAUACCGAUGACAUUGACCAUCAAGUGACAGAGGAAAGCCACGAAGAACCAGCCUUCAGAAACUUCCUGCAGGAGGCCAAACAGCGCUAUCCAGCCAGAAGCAGCCACUAGGGGAAGAGGAGGAGGAGGCCAGAAUGCGUGGAUUCAAGAACAUGAAGAUG